AUCAUGGCAAGUGCAUGGAAAAUGUUAUAUAUACGGCCAUGCCUGAUGAUAAUAUGGAAUCUCCUUUGAAAUGAAAUAGAAGCAUCGAUUUCCCUCGCUUUCCCUUGGUACUGAAUCCGUGUGCAACCAUGAUUUCCUCGAUAUCCAAAGUUAUUUUGCCAUUUGUGCUUCUAGCACCAGCUACCCAUGCAGCAAGUCUAGCAGCAACUCCAUUAGUAUGUUCGAGCCCGACAUUGAGUUGUAGUGGUUCAUCCACCAAUACCUGCUGCUUCAAUACUCCUGGUGGUCAAAUGGUUCAAACCCAAUUUUGGGAUUCGGAUCCUAGCACAGGUACACAUAAUUCCUUCCGAAAUCCCCUUCAGAAACCACUAACUAAUCAUAUUCUAGGUCCUUCCGAUUCUUGGACAAUCCAUGGUUUAUGGCCCGAUCACUGCGAUGGUACAUAUGAUUCAAACUGCGAUAGCAGCCGUGCUUAUUCAAGCAUAACCAACAUUCUUUCCGCUGCUGGUCAAACAUCUUUGCUCUCGUACAUGAACACCUACUGGGUCAGUGAUGAUUCAACCAACGAGGUAUUCUGGGAACACGAGUGGAGCAAGCACGGAACUUGUAUCAGUACCCUUGAGCCUUCUUGCUAUAGCAGCUACACCACUGGUGCAGAAGUUGUAGAUUUUUUCAACGUUGCUGUUGAUCUUUUCAAGAUCCUUCCUACAUAUACAGUAAGUAGUUUUUCACCACCUAAGUAACGAAGCAGACAAUUAACAUUAUCGUAGUGGUUAGCCAACGCCGGCAUCGUGCCAUCCAGCACCAAGACCUACACCUCCGCACAAAUCCAAGCAGCCCUCACCGCCGGUUUUGGUUAUCCCGCCACCAUCCAAUGCACCUCCUCUUCUCUUAACGCAGUAUGGUACUCUUUCGAAGUACGCGGUUCCGUCGCUACGGGAACUUUCGUUCCUAUCUCUCCCGUCGGUCAAUCUGGGUCAUGUCCUUCAACUGGUAUUAAAUACGGUGUCAAAUCUGGUUCUUCAUCUGGUGGUGGCAGUGGCAGUGGCAGUGGAACCCCAACUACCACCGCUACUGCCCCUGUUGGAACCGGAACAUUCUCUGGAACUGGAUAUUUGCAGGCGUAUUCUGGAAGUUCCAAUAACGGAUGUUUGAUUAGUGAUGGUACUUGGUACACUUCAGGAACUUGUGCCACAUAUACUGCGACUGCUUCUGGUAAGAUUUCACCUUUUACUUUAUCUUCUUGAAAAAUGCGCAAAGCGUAAUAUCGAAAACUACGGUUCCUCCAUGCGCGAAUCAGAAUACAUUUUUGGAUACGAAACAUGCUAAUUCCCCCUAAGGUUCCGGCUUCACCCUGAAAUCCUCCAAAGGUGCAUGCGGUAUCUCCGGCAGUACAUUUAGCUGCGGUUCCGGCGUCAGCUCUACCGUAUUCGGAGUAAGUUCUUUCUUUUUCUAUUCCAAUAUCUCAUACUGCAUCAUCCCCCUCCUCCCUGUCCCCCAUAUCUCACCCAACCUAACAUUUCCCAGUCCUCCGGCGGCUAUCUAACCUACAGUGGUUCCUCCACCUUCUACGCUACCUCCGCCCCAUCUGGAUCUACCCAAGCAACCGUCUACACAAGUAGCCAAGGCGUUUCUGUCAAGUUUGCUUGGCAAUCCAAAUAAAUGCACUUGAUGCACUUUUUUUCUUACAGAGAACGCUUCUCAUGAACCGUUACGAAGAAAAAAUAAACGCAGUAAAAUGAGGUGAUGAAAAGAUAUCGAAGCCGUAUGAUAUAGCUAUAGAUAUAUAUAGAAAUAGCACGAUAUAGCAAGUCCAUAGCAA